AUGAAGUCAACAUCGCCAAUUUUCUUCUUAUCAGCUGUUGUUCUCUGGAUUUGUUAUUUCCAAAUCAAUACAAUUGCGGCUGAAUUCUAUACAUCUUCACAAAAUAAUAGAUAUUUAAUUGAAAUACGUAAUAAGUACAAUUGGUUUCAAUCGGAUGCGGAAUGUAAAGUAAAUAAUAUGGAUCUGCUGAGCAUUGAGAGUGCCGAGAAAAUGCAGGAAAUAAAUGAUUUGAUUAAUACGGUUUUUAAAGGCAAAGAAAAACCCCUGCUCUACAUUGGCGGCAACAAUUUGGCCGACCGCAAGCAAUUUCUCUGGACGCCAACGGGUCAUAAAUUUCAAUAUACCAACUGGAGUGAAUUCGAACCGAAUAACUAUGAAAAGAAUGAGCGUUGUGUCCAUUUGGGUCUGUACGAUGAUGGCACCUGGAAUGACAUUGAUUGUGAUAUGAAAUUCGGUUUCAUUUGUGAAGAUAAUAAACAGGUUAAAACAUAG